GCGAUAUCGUUCCACCGUACUACGGCGUCACGGAGCUACAUCUACGAGUUUCUCGACAUUUUCACUCCUGCAAGGCCAACCAACGUCCCACGAGCUUGGGUCGUGUCACCGACGACGAAUGAUCGAUGGAAAGUUACGAGGACGACGACGACACUCACUUCUGCAUCAAAUGUCACCUGACGGUGCAUGGUCUCGAGAACUACGUACGGCAUCGUCAGUCCGGAUGUCGGCCACCGGACGACAAGAACGUAGUGGUUCGCGUGUCGCCCACGACUCCGACCACCGUCACCUAUCCCGAAAUACUGAACGCGGACGCGUUUUUCAGUUCGUUGGAGCUUCAAUCGAAUCCGCGUAGGUCGGCCACGUUACUGGAGGACAGCAGAAAGUUCAAGAAGGAGGAGAAAAGGAAGAAGGGCCAGAAGACGCAGGCGGACGGCGAGGAAUCAACGUCCAAGGAGAAGUUGCACGGUAUGCUGCCCGGUGAUUCGGAGUUGGAGGACCUCUGCAUCCCGUCCCUGGUCGGGUUUCCCGAUAUUGUGUCUUCCGCGUCCAGCAAGCCCUCGGUCGCGGCCACUCGGAACAAAUUAAGCCAAUCGAUGGGCCACGUCGCGACCAGCAUCGAGAGCAGCGCGUUCCCCGUGAAGCACGAACCGGAAAACUCUUUGGAGAGUCUGAUGACGUCUCACGAGUCCAAGCAAACGGAGAGGAAACGCCAGGAGGAGGCGCAGAGGAUAGACCAGGUUCACCAGACGUGGCUGGAGGACACCAUACUGGCCGAACUGGUGGCGAACAACGAAAAUAAAGACUUACCCAGAUACGAGUUCGAAUACCAGCAGGACGAGGACGAGGACGACGAUAUAUUGGAGGAAGAUCUGGGAGAUGAAGACUCCUAUUCGGAGUCGGACGACGCCGAGGAUCUGGAAGGUCCGCCGCACGGUCAUACCGGUGGCAAAUGGAAACCAGAAUUGGAGGAUCUCCCUCAAAAUAUGUCUCAACUUCACGACGACGACGACGCGGACCCCGAAGACGAACAUCAAGAACAUCCGCCGCCGACUUAUACGGGUGGGAAAUGGCGGCCCGCUGAGACCUCGCAGAAAAUCGAGGAGUACGAGGCCAAGAGCAACGCCGGACAACCACCGCCAGGACACACGCGAGGGAAAUGGGUACCGGGCGCGCGAACGGAUAUCGAGUCAGGAUAUUGGUGCAGUCCUUGCGGCAGGAAACUAGCCUCUCGAUUGGUCUACAACAGGCAUCUUCUCUCCGAUUUGCACGCCAGGAGGAGCAUCCGUGAAAUCGAUGGCGUCCUUUGCCUGCCGCGUGCCGCGAAUCUGCACCUCGGAAAAAAGAUGUCGGCCCGCAAUCACGGAGCGAAAGAAGCACCAGAGACGAAGGAAGUCAAGAAGGGUUUACGCAGAAGGGAGAAGGAGAUUCUCUGUUGCGAAAUGUGCCAUGCACGAGUGAGAAGGGCACAAAUGGGGAAGCAUUUGCUCUCUCAUUAUCACUGCCGCAUCGCGGGCGUAAAUCCUCACGGGCCACGGGCGCGUCGCUUUUUACUGGAAAAUAUGGCGAAUGUGGUUCGGCAGUGCCCUUUUCAGUGUUCCUCGUGUCGUUUUUAUUGCAACACGGAGGAAUCGUUUCUGCUUCAUUGGCGUUCCGAGCAUCACGCGAAGACACUCGAAAAGAUCGCCGGCAGUUACAAAUGCACCCCUUGCGAUUUUUGGUGCGAGGACAACGAGAGGAUGGAUUCCCAUUUGACGAGUACGAGCCAUCGCGACGUCGUCUCGAUGAUGAACGGUUCGGUGCCCGUGGUGGUCGGUCGUCAACGGGCGUUACUCUGCGGUAGCUGCGAUCGCCGAUUUCAAUAUAAUUUACAACUUCGAUUGCACGUCAAGGAAACCGGUCACAAGGAGAGCCCGACCGCCACGGAUGCGUAUCAGCAGCGAAUCGAAUGCAAUCUGUGCUCCCAAAUUGUUAGGUCUUUGGUUGCCCUUCAGCGUCACCAGUUCACUUGUCACGGGGCGAGAAACGACGACAAAGAAGAGACAAACGACUCGAAUCAGACGGUCCCCUAUUUCUGCUCGUUUUGUUCGAUGAAGUUCGCAACGGCGCGGGAUGCUGUCCUGCAUCGGAGAACGUCCAGUCACAAGGAAAUCGUGAAGGCUCGCAAGCGCAGCGCAGAGGGUCUGUCGGUGAGCACAGUUCGGGAGUGUCCUCAUUGCGAGAAGAAGCAAUCGAAUUUGUCGGAAUACAAGAACCAUCUUCUUCAACGUCACCCGGAGCUUUGUCACAGAUGUCCGAGGUGCGGCAUGCUGUUCGCCCUCUCGCAAGACGUGACGAGACACACGAGGGAGAACAACUGUCGCGGCGAUAAUAAAUUAAAAACGGCGAAAACGGCAGGCGUCAAAGACGGAUGGAAAUGCGGCAGCUGUAGUUUCUCAACGGAUUCGCGGGCGGAGUUCAUCUUUCACGAGGCUCUUCACUCGGGGGCCGUUCGAGGGGAUAACGACGAACCGGGUAACGGCGGGAAAUCGGUGCCGAAAUAUUCCUGUCCCGUUUGCAAGAAGACCCUGGCGAAAGUAUCGUUGCGGAAUCACAUCAGAAGUCACACCGGCGAGCGUCCGUUUCCGUGCGCCAAAUGCUUCUUGUCUUUCACGAGAAGAGCAGCCCUGAACGCCCAUCAGAAAGAGUGCAGCGGUUCGCCUCCGUCGGUAUGGUCGGACGAGUCUGGCCGGAAACGCAACUUCGCCUGUUCCGAGUGCAACCACGCUUUCUACACAAAACACUCCUUGCGACAGCACAUGUUACGGCAUGCCGGGAAGAAGUUCAAGUGCGGACUUCCGGGGUGUCCAACGGUGCUUCGAACAGCCUCCGAAUUGAAAUCGCACAGAAGCUUGGUGCAUGAGAAACAAGCGCCCGACAGACAGUACCAGUGUUCCGAUUGCUCCUACUCGGCCAAAACGAAAACACAAUUACGCAGGCAUCGCUGGCAACACGAGAACGCAUUGAGAGCCAUGAAGUCGAAGGUGCGCGUCUGCCCCCAUUCUGGCUGCCAUUUUAAAACGAAAAUCAACUCUCAUUUGAAGCGGCACGUGCGGUUGCACACGGGAACGAAACCGUACAAGUGCCGGCAUUGCCCUUACGCAAGUAACAACUUGGAAAAUCUCCGGAAGCACGUCCUGUCCACCAGCCUGCAUCCGGGGAAGACUAUCUACGAGUGCGACGUGUGCCAUGAAAAGAACGCGAACCCGUUCUGUACGAAUUUCUCGAAGGAGUUGCGGGCCCAUCUGUUGGAAACUCACCCGGACGUUUUCCCGGCGCCGAGACACGCGAUCGACUACAUCUCCAAGAUCUUCGAGGUUCAGCGCGUCCCGUCGGUUUUCAUCGACAAGGCCAGUUAACUCGCGCGAGAUUGUUUCUUCCUCUCUUGGUCGUCCCGUUCGCCUCGCGAUUCCGGACCGUGGAACGUCUACCUCGGGGCCCCGGCGAGUGCAAAUUUACGGCGCGCGUCCGCGUUAAAAUUGUCGGAACGGCGACCAGGAAUCCAGGCCUGGAACCUGGUUCGCUCCGAAGAGUAACAACAUCUUUCGAAUAUUCCUCGGAUCGACGGGGACGGCCGGUCGUGAGAGCGUUCUUGAAUUAUCUCCGAUGCAUCGGGCUCACGACAUAGCGCACGGAUGCGUUAGCCUUGGACGUCGAUGGCGACGGUGUCGGGUACCCCGUCCUUCGUGGUCGUGCGAACCGGUAGGCCUGUACUGCGUCAGGAAAUAGUUAAGGUGAUGUACG